AUGAAGUCGAAUUCCCCAAAAUGCAUCCCCGUCGUCUCCACCUUUGCCUCGCCGUUCGACGUAGCUCCGGCGUCCUCCGUCACUGACUCAACCCGGAAGCCCCUGAGUUUGUGGCCUGGCAUGUACCACUCGCCGGUUACAAUCGCUCUCUGGGAGGCCAGGUCUAAGAUCUUCGAAUCACUUCUCGAACCUCCUAAAGACGCGCCUCCUCAGAGUGAGCUUCUCACCAGAGGCCCGUCGUAUAGCCGAACCACCAUUUUCUACCCUUUUUCAACUGAUUACAUUCUCCGCGAGCAGUACAGAGAUCCCUGGAACGAGGUACGCAUCGGGAUUUUGCUCGAAGACCUCGAUGCUUUAGCCGGAACUAUCUCCGUCAAGCACUGUUCUGAUGAUGAUAGCACAACGAGGCCACUGUUGCUGGUUACAGCUUCUGUUCAUAAGAUAGUCUUAAAGAAGUCCAUUAGUGUCAACACUGAUCUCAAGAUUGUUGCUUCUGUCAUUUGGGUUGGCCGCUCAUCUAUCGAGAUUCAACUCGAAGUUAUGCAAUCCGAACUCGAAGAUGCCAAUGCUUCUUCGGAUUCUGUUGCUCUAACUGCCAACUUCAUCUUUGUGGCGCGUGACUCCAAGACUGGCAAGGCUGCUCCUAUCAACCGCCUUUCUCCAGAGACCGAGCUCGAAAAGGUUCUGUUUGAGGAAGCCGAAGCUAGGAACAACUUGAGGAAGAAGAAGAGGGGAGGUGAGAGGAGGGAAUUCGAUCACGGGGAGUAUAAGAAGCUUGGGGCUCUGUUGGCUGAAGGAAGGAUCUUCUCUGACAUGCCAGCGCUUGCGGACAGAAACAGCAUUCUUCUGAAAGAUACUCGUCUCGAGAAUUCGCUUAUAUGCCAACCACAGCAGAGGAACAUCCAUGGCAGGAUCUUUGGAGGGUUUCUGAUGCACAGGGCAUUUGAGUUGGCCUUCUCCACUGCUUAUACAUUUGCUGGUCUUGUGCCCUACUUCUUAGAAGUUGAUCACGUCGAUUUCUUAAGACCAGUGGACGUUGGGGAUUUCUUACGUUUCAAAUCCUGUGUGCUUUACACUCAACUUGAUAAAUUGGAUUGUCCGCUUAUCAAUAUCGAAGUUGUUGCUCAUGUUACAAGCCCGGAGAUUCGUUCCAGUGAGGUUUCAAAUACAUUCUACUUCAAGUUCACUGUACGACCAGAGGCAAAGGCCAGAAACAAUGGGUUUAAGCUUCGAAAUGUAGUUCCUGCUACAGAGGAAGAAGCUCGUCAUAUCCUAGAGCGCAUGGAUGCAGAAGCUUUGAACUCAAGCAAACAACAAGCAUAG